GCCGCCGCAGCCCGUAAGCUCGGGCUUAUUCCUUAGGCUUAAGCAGAUCGUCGUCGAAUAUUGUGCCAGGGUAUCUCUGGUGGCCGUGAAAAAUGUUAUUGGCAGAGCUGUCCCCAAAGUUAAAGGGAAUUUCGUGAAGAAAUGCAGAGAGUUGACGUGUAGGAAUAGUUUGCUCGGUGUCUCUGGCGACGAAGGUUCUAUGCGAGGAUUGUUUGUUUACAUCAGUGUGUUCCUCAAGCUCGGCCAUGUAGCAAGUGUCUGUAAAGUGCCGGUAUUUCAUAUCUCAAAAGUGUUGUACUGUGACCACCAAAAACCGGCAUGUACUUCUGCAAAGUCUGCCUCGUUUCCAGCCCCCUGGGAAAGGGAUGGCGAGACUCGGUGCUCGGGACUUCGCGGCGGUUGCUGUCCAGCAUAGGCAGUCUCUCAAGGGACAGCUCGUCCUGCCCUUCCACAAGAGACGAGCCUCUACCGAGUCUACCAGUACCGAACCUGGAAUGCACGAUGCAGAAGUACCUGGCCCAGGUUGAGGCAGUGGCCCCGAACCACCUGGACAGAACUCGCAACUUAGUCAGAGCUUUCCUUGCUGGGCCAGGGCCUAAACUGCAGCAGCGUCUCUUGGAACGAAGGCAGAAGGUCGACAACUGGGCAACGGACUGGUGGCUGAAAGACAUGUAUCUGACGGUUCCUCUCGGGCUUCCGAUCAACAGCAACCCUGGCCUAGCAGCGAAACCCAAACAAUUUUCCAGCCAGCGAGACGCUGCCGUCUUCCUCGCGCGCUAUCUCACCGAGCUCCUCAAUUACCAGGAGGUUCUCGACAGCUCUGAGCUAGAAGUGGAGCGGGUUAAGUCGAAGGAUGGAAAGAGGAUGCAACCACUUUGCAUGGCACAACACUAUCAGAUGUUCCGUCUCUACCGAAGACCUGGACAGAUAAUGGACGAACACGUGCAUUUGAACAGAGCCACUUCCGGAGAUCACAUAAUCGUCGCUCAUCACAAUCAAUUUUAUAGCGUACCCGUUAGAGCCUCGGACAGAGGCCGAAUAACCGAAUCCGAGCUGGUCGAGCAAUUUUUGAAGAUCAUGGAAGUGCCGGCCGAUGCUAAAACACUGCCUGUCGGGAUACUGACAACCGCGAAGAGACCCGUCUGGGCCAAUGCCAGAGAGGAGCUUCUGAAAAACGAGAACAACCGUCACAACGUCGAGCUGAUCGAGCGCUGCCUGUGUCUGGUCUGCAUCGACGACGACGUACUGCCGACGACGUUCAACAACCCUAUGCGCAAGGAGGACCGCUGGUUGGGAGAGCGAGACUACGCCAACGUGCUCCAUCACAUGAUACACGGCGGUGGCUCGAGACACGUCGGGGCCAACCGCUGGUUCGACAAGACCGUCCAGCUCAUCCUCGGGAAGGACGGUCUGUGGGGACUAUCGUACGAGCACUCGGCUGGAGAGGCACCGGCGAUAUUCAGGAUCUUCGAAGAGCUGACGGAUAAGGUAGACGCUAUGCCGCCGCCGGACGAGAGCAGCGUCUCCUCGCAUUUGCCGGCUCCGGAAAAGCUUGAGUGGUCCUUGUCGGAGCAGAGCCGCAAUGAUAUACGAGAGGCUAUGACGUCUUUCGAUGCGCUUGUGGAAGACUUGGACUUGUGCAUCUUGCGCUUCGAGGAUUAUUCCAAGGAGUUCAUCAAGAGCUGCAAUAUCAGUCCUGAUGUGUACAUCCAGUUGGCACUGCAGUUGACAUACUUUCGGCUCCACGGACACCUGGUGGCCACGUACGAGAGCGCCGGCAUACGUCGAUUCGCCAAGGGUCGCGUGGACGUGAUCAGAGCGGCCAGUCCCGAGGCUCUCGGUUGGGUGAAGGCGAUGUGCCAGGGCGACCCUGAGACUCACGCACCGUCUGGCAACGCGCAAGAGGAAGGCAUCAAAAGAGUUCAGUUCACCAUUUACAGUAAACAGAGAAUCAAGGAACUGUUCGAUUUGGCGGUUCAGCGACAGACCAAGGAAAUGACGGACAACAUAACCGGCCACGGAAUCGAUAACCACUUGAUGGGCUUCCGUUACGCUGCCGAAGAAUCCGGCGAACCUACUCCGGAGAUCUUCAACGACGAAGCUUACAAAAUCACUCAACACUUUGCCUUGUCGACGUCCCAGAUAACGACCAAGAACGACACUAUCGGCGGUUACGGUCCUGUCGUACCGGACGGCUACGGUUGCGGCUACAACGUCAGGAAGAACGGCUUUAUAUUUUCCUGCUCGGCGUUCCACAGCGACGAGAACACCAGUGCCAUGAAGUUCGCCCAGACUUUGAAGAGGAGCCUGCAGGACAUGGCUUCGAUGCUGAAAGACACGAAGCAAGCUUAAUUUUUCAAUUAUGGUCUAACGAUAUGUGAUGAGAUGCGAAUCUACGAAAUUACGAUAACGAAUUUUUCCAGAGUUGAUUAUAUGACACAGAGAUAUAGGCAUAUUUAUGAAGAGAAAGAAAAACCAAAGAUUUCGGAACGCGCUGGUCUACGCGUCGGAAUUAUUAUUUUAGAGGGAAAAAUUAAAGUAGAGCUUUAAUUUGAAAGUAUAUGAGAACAAAACAGAUGAAAGUAAUAUAUUGAAAGUAUAUGAUGAAACGCGAGUGAUAUACAAAAAUGAAAGUAUUUAUCGUAUGUUUUAAGGGAGAGAAAAAAGUUUUAGCAGAGAGAUGUCACUAUAUAUCUAUAUACACACACACACACAAUAUUAUUAUUCUAUAUAUAUAUGCGAGACGACGGAUUGAUCGACUACGCGAUUUUAUUUACACACACGGGAACAGAUAAGCAUAUCGAUCGGUCGUCGCUCGAAACGUUGCAAAGAUUACAAAGCGCCACAGAACAACAAAGUAUAAUAUUAAUAUAUGACUAUUAACAAAUAACGAUGAUAUAUUGUUUAUAUAGCAAAAGUAGCACGUAAUGAGACAGACACUCGUAAAAACGUAUAUACUACAUUAUUAUGAUUUAGAGCGGCUGUUGACGUAUAGAUUUGUUCGUCGUUAACUAUACGCGUGUAUGGUAGGCAAUACGCAAGAAACUAAACUAUCGUAUACUUGUACAUCUUCGACGAAUCUCAGCACACGCGUCGCGGUGUGCUCGACCGUUUGUAUUCCCAGUGACUCGCAUCUGCGAAGAAAAAGAAAAAGCUUCGGAUAACGAUUGAAAGUACUUAUAAAAUAUUGACGAUUUUACCAUAUAUACCUGACGAAAAAUGUUCUCGUCGAGCACACCGACGGCUGCGUAUUCGGAUUCGUCAUAACAUAAUAGGUACAACGUAGCCAGUCGCAACACUUUUCUAUAGACUGGCGCCCGCACAGUAACUCUUGUCCAAUUCUUAGGUAGGUCUCUAAUUCGAGCUCGUGAGUCUUCUCUCUCGCUGUGCUCUUGUUUGUAUCUAUCUCUCUGAGGCGCUUGAAAAAAGAAGAUUUACGAAGAAAUCCGUUAGCCAUUAGUUGAUCUACAACACAGAAGCAAGUAAAAACAUCGUUAUUUUCUAUAUGCACAAUAUGAUUAAAAAAAAAAAACAUAAAUGUUGGUGAAUUUUAUCGAUGUAAGUAGAAGGUGCUUUAGCUCAAUGAUAUGGGAAGGAGUUUCCUAUGUGUAUAUCCUAGUCGCAAAUUGAUUGAUUGUUAAGGUAGCCAAAUGUUAGAUUGACAUCGAUGUUAUACAUUUAAACUCAUUUGUCGGCCUCUCAAGCUUUACGUAUAUGUAUUGUAGUUAUAUUCAAGAGACAAAUCAUCGUUGACCUAUUUUUCGUUAAUUGUCUAUUUUUUUAUAUGUAAAUAUAUGGAGCUCUAAUUUCACUGUUAUACGACGAAGUUUAAUAUUUUAAAUUUACGUUUAUAAGUAUUAUUAAAUAGCGCGAAAAUUGUUACAGCUUUUCUUGAAGAGGCGCAGCGCGAGGCCUUCUAUAUAUAUUUUGAUGUAAUUUAUAUUACGAAUGUAAUCUUCCAAGUACCUGAUAUCUUCUUUUUAUUGUCAUUAACGCGUAGUUUCAUUUUUUUUUAAUCGAUUUCCUGAAAGAAAUACUCGUUAGUUUUAUUUAUACACAACAUACAAACUCGUUGAAUGUUGCAAAUCACACUUAAGUGUUAAAUAAUGCUCAGGUAAUUAAUGAGCCGUAAUCGUGUUCAUAAAGUGCACAAGUUGUUGAUGUACAAUUAUGCACUACGUGCUUAUACACACUUAAGAAAAACGAUUGAAAAAAUGUAGCAGUAAUGCAAUGAAUUAUAACUUAAUGUACGCAUUUUAUGUUCGAUGUUAACAGCUGUUAAUAGACUAAUUUUACCGCAUUUGUUAAAUGUUACAUAAAUAUAAUAUAUAUUUCUGUUGAAAAUCGACAUUUAUAUGUUCUAUGUUGCUAUAAAAAACUGUUGAUCAUCUUUUAUUUUUUACGUGUUACCGAAUCACACGCUUCUUAUUAUUCUAUGUGUUUAUGAAAAAAUUUGAAACAAAAAUUAAAUCGAUCUUUCGACGUGAAUAUAUUUUUCGACGCUUGAUUAUUAUACGCUCCUGGCUGCACUCAAGCGAUUAAUGAUAAUAACGAAAAAAAUAUGCAAAAACAAGUGAAGCAUACUAUUUUUGAAAAAAAAACAGAAGCGAACCAUUAAACGAAUCUAGUCAUAAAUAUAAGAAACUAUAAACAAACGCAUACGUGAUCGCACUCAAGCGACCAAGAAUGUCACACGCAUAUCACGCGAGAGCCAAUAAAAGUUGUGUAGAAAAAAUAACUAAAUGUUUAACGAAUAUUUGAGUUAAUGCGUAUAUGCAUAAGAGAAAAUAUAUCAACAAUAUAGAGGAGAGAGUUAUUAUGCAAUCGACUAUAAACGUCGAUAUAAAUAAGGAUAUUAAAAAACACUUUAUAGGCACUGUUAUAGAUAAUACUUCAAAAGCUGAAAAAUGUAUAUUCGAUUGUGCUGAGAAAAAUAAAAUGAAAUUAUCUGAUUUAUA